CAGGCAGAAGGCUUCUCGAAUUCCAUUUCCCUCUCAAUUGCAAUUCCCUCUCUUGGUCUCAGCCUCUCACUCCUCUAACGCUAAAAACUCUACACCUCUUCCUCCACCUCCACCCCGCCACCGCCUCCGACGGCUGCUCCUCCAUCACAGACAAACACUCGAAGUCGGUGCUGCAACUGCUGCUGACUAAUUUCACUGUGGGCUGUGGGUUGUUCGAAUCCAAUCAAAGAAUCCCUAAAAAUCGAAAUUUUUGAUUUUGUUUAAGAUCACUAGUUCUUAAAUCAAGACUCUUCUUAAUUAUCCAUAACUAUUCAAGAAAUUCUGAUUCUAAACUUUAUUCAAAAUCUGCAAAAGAGAAGAUAUGGGGAGCACAGAACCAAGCAUCGAAGAAUUUUUCCCCGAGAAGAAGAGGGUUAAGAACCCUUUCGUUCCUAUUGGUGCCCUGAUGACUGCUGGAGUUCUGACAGCCGGCUUAAUAAGUUUUAAGCGAGGAAAUUCUAAGCUGGGUCAGAAACUGAUGAGAGCUCGUGUAGUCGUUCAAGGUGCAACAGUUGCUCUUAUGGUAGGAACGGCUAGCUAUUAUGGUGAUAGCUUCCCCAAGUUUCCAAAAUUUCCUGGCUUUUGAGUUAUACACGAUUGCAGCAAAUCUGCCCUCGGCAUAUUACGAUAACUUGAUUCACACAACAUCCUUAUAUUAAGGAUUAUUACCAUUUUUUAGGAGAGUUCUUUUUUUCCUUAACGGGAAAUAUGAACGUAAAGCGUAGCAUCGGAGCUUUUGGAUUUGUUGGAUUUGUUGGAUGUAAAGGGAAGUGACAAUGAUAGUAAGAUCAGGAUGGUCAUCUGGCUUGUAGCUAUUGUAAUUUUUUGAGAGAUGUUUAUUUCAUUAAGUAAUAACCCUAAUAAUUUGCAUAGUCGUUAAGCAAUUGUAUUUCACAAAUUAUUGUCAGACGGUCUCUUCAAGAGACGCAUUA